AUGCCUGACGCUCUCAAGCAGAAGAUAGAUAAUCUCCUCACCACGGCAGGGAAAUUCCAAAUUCUCACAGCCGGUGAUGCUGCGCCUGGAAAGUCUAAGGAGGAUAGGAAGGAAUGGACCAGCUUUGGGCCCGGGUUCCGGCUAAAAGGGCAUUUGGAAGGUUCUAGGAGGCACGUCCUGAAGUCGGAUAGUGCAAACGUCUGCGCCAUCAGUUGGUUGGCGUUCUCCCAGAAUUCAUUCACUAGUUCGGCUGGGCCACUCAGCAAUCUAUGUGAUGCUCUUUCCGAUCUCGGACGGCACUCUGAGGCGCUCCCAUUUCACCCCAGAAAUCGUGAUUAUUCCGAGGCGCUCCCACUUAUUGAAGAAGGCUCUACCAUCGGCUGGUCACCGUUGAUUGGGCACCGUGCAUUCCAUAUUCGAGCGGUUCACUCGAAAUCCGACGUCCUCUGA